AUGGAGAAACUUCUACGUCCGGAUCGCUUCGAGGGAUCACAAGACACGACGCCGGCUGAAUGGGAGCAAUGGUAUUGCACAUUUAAGAACUUCUUGGACAGCUUGAGCGGAGAUCCUGCUCCUGACAAGCUGAAACUACUCGUCAAUCACGUCUCUCCUUCAGUCUACAACCACAUCUCCGACUGCCAGAGCUACACCGACGCCGUAGAAGUAUUGAAAGCCAUUUAUGUGAAGCCUACAAACGUGAUCUUCGCCAGACAUCAAUUAGCGACCAGGAAGCAAGUGAGUGGCGAGUCAAUUGAUCAGUUUCUUCGCUCUCUGAAGUUGUUGUCGAAAGACUGCAGAUUUAAAGCUGUCACCUCUGAUACGUAUACUCAAGAAUCCAUCCGCGAUGCGUUCAUAACUGGCCUGCAGUCACCGAUGAUACGUCAAAGACUGCUGGAGAAAGACAGUCUUACUCUGGACGAAUCUGUGCAACUCGCAAGAAGUCUAGAUUCAGCCCAACGGAAUGCAGAGACUUAUGUGACCCCUACUUGGCAACCUUUCAUCUGCUUCUUCGAUCUCUGCUCCUCCUAA